AAAUUGCCUGAGCUGUGCUAUCCAAACUGCUUUUCUGCUAAUGGCGGCAGGCGCCUUCCUCGUUGUAACCUCCCGACAAUUUCUCGUUCUACCCUGCUUUUCUCCUCUGGUUCAAAACUUCAUUUGGCGACGAAGGACCAUGUUAAUAAGCUUGUUAGCUUAUUUUUCUUUGCAAAUAUUGAACACCUUCAAUAAACUUUUUUACUUUAUUCUUAGGAAACGUGCAAGUCAGUACAUUUUUCAAUCUUAUGUCUAUAUAGUUCCGAGUUCUUCCGCGCGGUCAACAUCAGGUUAAUUUGCGGCGUUGCCACUGUGAAAAAGUUUGGCGCGGUUGCCAAAUAAAAUUCCAACAUUCUGCAAAAUUCAAAAAACAACAUACAAGUCCUUAACAAUCUGGUACGUUAUUUUGACAUUCUGUCUGGUUUUGAGAUAUUUUACUGUCUUUUUACUACUGUAGUGUGAAAUUUUAGAAGGAAACUCAAUGUGGUCUUUUAUCUUAGCAGUAACUUCAGAAGGAAGCACAUGUCUACAGGUGUUAUACUUGCCUCGUGAAUCUACUGGUGUCUUUCCUUCUUUUAGAAGCUUGUUUAUCCUUUGGAGACGAGAAUUGGAAAUAGCAUGCAACCUAAGAAAUGCUUUUUUACAUAAACGUUUUCUUUGGCCUUCUUGACUUAUCCAGUAUGAAAAUGUCGAAGUCUUCACACAAUUUUUGCUACUAUUUCGUCGCUUUGCUAUAGGCUUUACCUUCAUUAGACCCAUAAGGUAAGUAUCCUGCUGAUCUUUGCUUUCCAUUUCAAGUAACUUGGACAGUAUGACCUGUUUUACAUCCUCUGUUAUGUGUUCGGCGCACUUAUCACUGCAACUAACCAAAAUAUAUUAACACGUUCGCGACAAUGUGACCCAAGGGUGGGUCACAUCAUUACUUGUCAAGAGCCGUGCGCGCCCACCGGUGGGUCACGGUCUAAUGCAUAUAUCAUUGAACCUAAAACUAUACAGUUUAUUUGGGGGAAUAUAAUACUGCAGUGACGGCUAUGGAAAUGGUAUAUCUGUCUAGAUUCACCGUGGUUUUCGGAAAGGAACUGUGGAAACACUAAAGACACUUCUAGUUUAGAGAAAGUAUAUUUUAUGAUUCAAAAACUUAACUGAAACGUUAGAUUGUUCUUUUUUUCUGAAAAACACUAGAACAAUGAUAUAAGUAAAGAGAAAAAUACUAGCGAUAAAGUUUAAAAUAAUAUUACAAAAUAUAUAUUUUUUUUAGAUGUAGGUAUUAGAUAACAUAAAGUUCAGAAAAUAAAACAAAUUCUAAUAAUAUUACAUCUUACAAUACUAUUCCAGAUGUUUUUAAAGUAAAAAAAUCUAACUACUGAUACAAAUUACUUAGCCUAUUCGUGGAUUUUCUUGAAACACGGAAUAAUGUUGGCUGUCCGUUGCAGUCUUCGCAAAAUGUAAGGACCUUACUUGCUUGCGCCGAUGCCACUUUCCUACCUUUCUCAUCUUUGAGCAUCUUGUAGCAAUUAGAGCAUCUUUUUCUGCUUUUUCUCGCAUUUCCUUCAUAUUUCCCUAGCCUAUGGCUACUUCUGGCCCGUUUUCUCGAACUCGUAUUACCCGGAACAUCAUGCACUACUCUUAUUUCUCCAGCGGCCUCUAUAGAAUCGCCAUUUUCUUCUGUAUCGGAUAGCAAUCCAUCUAUAAGUUUUUCUCUAAAUCGUAGCAUGUCAAGUUUGUUUUUAGCUUGGUUGUGAGAGCUAUGUAUGACCCAUGCAUUGACAACACAUGUUCCGAGAAUAAUCUCAAAAAUAACCUUCUUAUACCACUUCACACUUUUUCGGAGGCAUGUGUAAUAAGAAGACAUCUGAUCUGAAAUGUCAACUCCUUUUUUGUCUUGAUUGUAAUCAAUGAUAGCGCGGGGUUUUAGUACUUCUUCACCUUGUCGGUUUUUACGUCCAGUUGGAAUCUGUUCAUCAGUGUGAUGUGGUACAGUACUUAUCAUUAGUACUUGCCGCUUAUCUACCCAUUUCAAGACACGAACCCCAUCUUCGUUCUGCUCGCCGUAAAUCUGUCCCUUUUUCAGCUUUUUAGCGCAUACAUCUUUAGGAUUUCCCUUUCUAUUAGGCCGGUAUUAGACUAUAAAAGAUCUUUGACAAAGGUAUUGUAUAAAAUAUUUUAGUAGGAUUUAUUUGAAGACAUUUUGUUUACAAAUUUUGAUAACCGUAUUAUACUACAUAAAAGCUUUUACAAUAUUUUUAGUUUAUCAUUAGGUACGAUGGAUGAGAAUCGGUUUGUUGCUUGUGCUGCUGCAAUAAGUGCAAUUAUGACGGUGUGUUUAUUGUUAAAAAAGAACAAAAAGAAACGACGCCUUUGGGUGAGGCCCUGGAUUGCUCGACGUGAACAACAAGGAAUUCAUCAUACCUUGCUUCGAGAACUACAAUUUGAAGAUUUAAAAAGUUACAUCAACUAUUUAAGAAUGGAUGAAGAUAGCUUCAAAUUUAUAGCAUCGAAGAUAUCACCAUUAAUUUCCAAACAAAACACACACUUGAGAAAUUGUAUUAGCGUAGAGGAACGUCUUAUGGUGACACUUCGUUUUCUAGCAACAGGGGAGAGUUAUAGAAGUCUACAAUAUAGCAGCCGUAUACCACAAUGCACACUGUCAGGCAUAAUCCCAGAGACAUGUGAAGCUAUUUACCAAGCGUUAAAGGGAGAUUUUCUGAAGGUACCCAGAACCGAGAAAGAAUGGUUAGAUGUUGCAAAGGACUUUGAAGAUAAAUGGAAUGUGUUCAAUACAAUCGGGGCGAUGGAUGGAAAACAUGUACGCAUUACCUGUCCAGAUAAAGGAGGAUCCCAUCAUUUUAAUUAUAAAUCUUAUCAUAGCAUUAUUUUGUUCGCACUUACGGAUGCCAACUAUAAAUUUAUCUACAUAGAUGUGGGGACAAAUGGUCGAAUUGGUGAUAGUGUCGUGUAUAAUAAAAGCAAACUUAAAAAAUGCCUUGCAGAUAACUCUAUUUUGAACAUACCUGCUGGUAAAAAUCUUCCGGGCGCUAAUAUUGCUACACCUUAUGUUGUCUUGGCAGACGACGCCUUUCCACUAAGUUACAAUGUUAUGAAACCUUACCCAUUAAAAAAUAUAACCAGAGAAGAAAAGAUUUAUAACUACCGAUUGUCUCGCGGAAGGAGAAUUGUUGAAAGUAGUUUUGGAAUAUUGGCAAGCUGGUUCAGGGUAUUUUUAACUACAAUCAAUUAAUGCCCUGAAAAAGUCACAAAGAUUGUACUUGCAGCCUGUACCAUACAUAAUUUGUUGAUUGACCGAAGAAAACAUCUGUAUACUUGCCAUGAGAUUAUUUCUAGAAGUAGGAAAGGACACACAUUUUUAGACGUUUUAAGUCAUGAAGAACUUCAAGAAUUGCAAACUCUAACCACUCAAACUCGUACUGUAGGGAAUCGCCAUGGUCGCGAAAUAAGGGAAAAUUUUAAAAUAUUUUAUAAUGGUGCUGGAAAAGUACCAUGGCAAGAAGAAUAUGCUUUAUUUUACUAUUCUGUAUUAACUUACAUCAUCUGGAGGUGCAAUAAUAUUCGUAGUGGAACUACCGUAAAGUGCCACAGACAUAUGUUUCUUCGGUUAAAAGGUCCUUGCAUAGUUUGACACUUGUAUAGAAGUUAUCCAUAAACAAAAUUCUUCCCGAAUGUUUAAGGUCUUGCAUUAAGUUCAUGCAUACAUUAUAAGUAUGCCCCUGCGUGUUCGUUGCUACAGUGGCAUCAUUUUUUCCUGCAUAAAUACGCAAAUCGUAAGUAUAACCUUCAGUCUGCAUAUUUUGUACAGUUUCACUCCGUAUUUGUCUGGUAAGUAUUGACGGAACACCAACCUGCCUCUCCAAGGUACCAUGCUCUCAUCAAUCACGACUUUCUGACCUGGAACAAGUGUCUCCUUGAACUGUUGACAAAUGAGGUUUACAACAUUUUUUAUUUUCGAGAGUCUGUUUUGGCCAGCUAGUGGAUCAUUGUUAUCAGAAAAAUGCAAGCAUUUCAAUAACUGGUCAAAUCUGUUGCGAUUCAUAUUUUUUUUAUUCGCUCAUUAGCGUACAUUUUAUCAUUUGACCAAUAUAGACUCAUUUUUGGUAGCUGAUUGAUCCCCAUUAUUAGCAAGAUAGCUAGAAAUUUUUUCAUUUCUGCUCUGUUAGUAUCUGUCCAAGUUUUCAACAGAGACCGUGGUCGCAGUGGCUUCGAUUGAAUGAUCUGAUGUGCGUAUCUGUUAGUUUCCUCCACUAUGAUGUCAAUGAUUGGAUCAGUAAUAAACUGAUUGUAGAUAGCGUAAGGUUGAGAUACAUCUAAAUUGUUAACUUUCAAACCCGUUUGUUCGCAGAACUGAAAAUUUAGAGGUAAUUUUGUAAAUGGUCCUCAUUUGGGAGGAUUUACUGUUGCUUUUAAGUCUGUAUCGCUUGACGAACUGUUGUCACUAGAGUAAUCGUCAGAACUGUUAUCAUCAGAAAUAGCAUUUUUCAUCACAUCCUGCUCAUCUGAGGGCCUAUAGGACUCUUCAGAAUCCUCAAAUGGGUCGGAUUCUGAGGAUGAUAGAUGUUCAAAUCUUCCUUGUAGUCCAGAAGUAGACGGACGUGGAUUUUCCGGAGAUGCUGCUGGCGGAUUUAGAUAUUCUGGGGAUGCUGCAGCUAGACUUAAAUUUUCUGUUGAUGUUGCAGGUGGGCUUAGAUUUUCCGGGGAUGCAACAGUCGGACUGUGAUGUCCUGAGAAUGCUGCAGACGAUCUUAGAUCUUCCCGGGAUGCUGCUUCUUGAACAAUUUGUUGAUCUGCUUUCUUUUUGGCAAGAGCCAGUAAUCUGUGGGAUCUGGAACUCAUUCUGGUCUGCUACUCUGAUCUGCUAUUCAAGAAUUAUCUGAAACAAAACAAUCUUAUGUAUUUGCCGCAUACUUACCUAUAUUUCCGUAACCCACCCGUGGGUCACAACGACUGCGAGGCAAAAUUUUAACUCAGGGACGUUGUGACCCACCGGUGGGUCAUACACAAAAACACUCAAAACUUAAAAAAACAAUACGUAGAUAUUGGAAUAGCAUUUAACUACAUUAAAAUGAACAAAUAUAACGGAAAAUAAACAACAAAAUAUUACACUUUUUGCAUUGAUACAUAAAACUAACCUCGUCGCGAACGUGUUAAAGUUAUAACAAAUUGUUCCAAAAUCAAUGUAAAUAACUCACUCUAUUUCUCCUACCAUUUUCUUAGGUAUGGUUUUCCCGCAUUUAUUAACAUACUCUUCACCUUUAAGGCGAGCUCGUUUUCUUUUAUUUUGCUUCCAUUCAUCAGGUUGCUUCCUUCGUUUUUUUAAGGACCUUUCUGGGGAACUAUCAUGAUCACUAUCAAUAUCGGACAUUUUGUAAUAUCGUGUUAUGAAAACCACUAACUUAUUGUAUUCAAAAUAAACAACAUGAUAUACCAACGAUACCAAUGCCUGUCGAUUACUGAAAAUGAAUUGCCAUUCACCUACCAGGAUCUACGGCUCAAUAUCGCGGUUGGGUGGGAGAACGGCACAUGCGCAGCACGUGUACUGUUCUUUCACUCAGCCCCAAAUUAAGCUGACUGCCACCGAACGUACGAGGCUCGUCGUUGUACCAUUCUUUCACUAUAUGAUGAGUCUUUGAGUUUCACACAAUUUGGGUAUCUCCGGUAAUAUUGCCAUUUUUGGCACUUGUAUCGUCCUUUCACUCACCGAUUUAAUUAUUCAUGGAUUAUCUGUCAGUACUCAAUGUUGCCAACCACACAACACAUUCUUGCUAGAAACAUUUUGAGCUUUUUUGUCUUUGAGGUUUUGAUUUCGUAGUUCUAUACUUGAAUUGAAAAGCUGUUUAAUAUACAUAAUGGAAAGGAAAACAAGGUUGAUACCAUUGAAUUUGACGUUCAACGUGGCAAAAAUUAGAACAAAUUCUAAUUUCGUGAAGAAAUCCACGAAGAACUUUAUGAAUUUAUUUGACGUCAAAUUCCUGUGUACACUUUUGAAAUUUGGCCAUGAACUGAAUUCAAGCAAAAAUCCGUGGAUUUAUUGUCAAUGUAAAACGGGUAUCAGGAAGUUCGAAUUCUUUUCAAUUUGGGCGUUUCUGAUGUUUGCAGCAGGGAUCGUAGAAAGAAGAAUGCAGUUGUUCGACUUGUAAGGAUAAUAAGUAUUAUUCUCGGAUGUAUAAGAGGACGAGAGGACGCUAAAAGUCAGAGAGGCAACAGUGUCGACGAAUUUUAUUUGGCAUUUACGGUGGAAAAGUUUGUUCCAUAUGGAGUAUAGAAGGAAAACGUUGAUCUAUCUUAUUAGUAUUUUGAAAUAUUGUUAUAUAUCAAAUAUUUAAAUUAUAUUAUGAUUUAAACAAAGUCUGCCUAAACGUAUGUUAUCAAGGCUACUAGAUAACCGAGAUGGGCGGUAUAUCCCUAAUUUGGUUAGGAGGAAAUGCCUACCAUUUAGUUUAAAUUGACAUGAGCGUAAAAUCUAUAUAUAAGAAGACAGUUUUUUUAUUCAAAACGAUUCGGGAGACAAAUAUUACUAGAACCCAGAUUAGAAUAGCCACAGUACAAGAAUUUGCAGACGUUUAUCCAGCUUGUCCAACUGGUUUAGGUGUGGUUGACUCACUAUCUUGACUGAGCAUCACAAAGUUGUCCGCUAUUGGCGGUACCAUUGUGAUAUUGGCAGAUGGAUCGGCUCCACAGCUCUUAGUGCUGCCGUUAGGUCUUCUAGGUCAGCUGUCUUUUUUUAAACGAUCCAAAAAAAUAUAUUUCUUUUAUAAAGCCUAUCUCUCUUUUAUUUUAAUAUAUUGACUACAUUUCGCACGAAAAUCUACAUUUGAUGAGAGGGAAUAUAUUCCCUAGAAAGUUGUUCCAGAAACCGAGAUGGGCGGUAUAUCCCUAAUUUGGUUAGGGCCGGUUUAUCAAUGCAUGGUUAAAUAAAUCAACUAGUAGUUAAAAAUAAUCUGACGGUCAAAAUGUUUAUCCACCGGCAGUUAAAUAUUAACCAACAGUUAAACCCGUGUGAAACCUGACCGCAACUUGGAUGUUCCAGUUACGAGCGAUAACUAGCAGUUAGGAUCUGAAGCAUGCGCAGAUUGCAGACUUCUUCUUGUUUUGAUAUGUCAUUCUUGUCAUUUUAACCUCAAAAAGUCUGUGUCAAAACGUAAGCAAAAACAAGGUUUUUGUAAAGAAUUAUUGUUUGAAAAUCAAGUGAAAACUUUGAAAUAUGUUGGGUGAUAUUGAUGCUAUGUUCGAUGAUGAUGAUGAUGCGGAAAUAGUAGAGUUUUUAGAAUAUGAAAGGAGGCCCUAUAUUGUACGAGAAAGAGAAGACUUCUUCCAUUCAUUGGACGACAUAGAUUUUUUUGUGAGGUUCCGCUUGAAAAAAAUUACGGUUUUAUAUAUUUUAUCUCUCAUCGAGGAAGAACUCGAAUCUGUUACCGACAGAAAUCAUUCUAUUUCACCCAUCAAUCAGUUAUUACUGACUCUACGCUUCUAUGCUACGGGAAACUUCCUACUAACUGUUGGUGAUUUCAUCAAAGUUAGUAAGAGCUCUGCCUCAAAAAUAGUGAAGAAGGUGUCUGAGGCAAUAGCUACCUUCUCAGGUAGAUUUAUAAAAAUGCCAAGUAAUGAUGAGGAAAUAAGGAAAGCCAAAAGUAGCUUUUAUGAGAAAGCACAUGUGCCUAGAGUGAUUGGAUCCCUUGACUGCACACACAUAAAAAUUCAGAGGAAAUAAUGCAGAACUAUUUCGCAAUCGAAAAGGCUAUUUCUCCAUCAAUGUACAAACCAUUUCAGCCCCCAAUCUAAAAAUAUUAGACAUUACUGCACGCUGGCCUGGAAGUCAACAUGACCAGAUAAUUUUUGAUAAUUCAUCAAUAAAAAGUAGAUUGGAAAGAAAUGAAUUUGGCAAUAGCCUUUUAGUAGCAGACAGUGGUUAUGCAAAUUCAAUGCAUGUAAUAACACCACUUUUGGAAGCAAGAACACAAGUCCAACAACUUUAUAAUGAAGCUGUUACAAGAACCAGAAAUCCUGUGGAAAGGCAAUACGGUUUGUGGAAACGACGAUUUCCAGUUCUCUCAACAGGGUUGAGACUAAAAUUACAGACAACCCUUACAGUGAUCGUUGCCACAGCUGUGCUGCAUAAUAUAGCAAUUGACCAAAAUGAAGAGCAGCCCCCUGAUAUUCCAAACUUGGAUGAAAACAUAAUCAAUUAUGAAGAAGAUAUCAGUGUUGAUCCUCCUGAAAAUAACUUCAUGAAUGCCAGGGAACUGUUAUUAAGUGAAUAUUUUCCAGGGCUUUUAAAUUAAUUCUUUACUUGUAC